GUGGCUAUAAAUACAUGAUGUGACUAGAGUUGCCCUGCAUCCACACCAACUCAAGUUAUGAUUUCACUGGACAUCACAAGCUAAGGAGUGUUUAGAACUUUGCAUGGCUGGUCUUGGGGGUAUGUGCACAUGGCACCAUCAAUGCACUUGAGCUCACUUUAAAUCUGUUAGCAUGGGUAGCAGAAGCAGGAAAGCCGUUUUAGCACGGUGGUCUGCCUAGGCUAAUAGUCCCUGCAUCUCUGCAGGGCCAAUUAGCUUUUUCAGAGCAAUGUACUAAUGUUGUUGUACCGCAUACAGUUAUCUGGGGUAUUUCAGUUAGAGUUUGUCCAUGUACCACUCUGUGAUGUUCUAAUAUGUGAUGUCGACAUGCCUUCGAACUCAAACCUAGGGCUCUGUUGAAAGUGUUGCUGCAUUAGCUUCGUUCUUCCCGUUUACACCAGUUAAUAACUAAUGGUAGUUUAUUACCUUCAUAGGGUAAUAACUAGAAGAAGAACAAAGAUGCUGGAGUCCAACCUGGCUGACAUCUUCAAAAAUCCCUUCAUAAAGAGUGCUGUUGUGGAGCAGGGGGGAAAGGUUUCUGAGGGCAUUGCACUCGAUUCCUACAGAUCAUGCUAGUGAAGAUAGUGUGUCUUUCUGUUGAAAUCAAUGAAAAUAUAAUUGGACCUGGUGUGUAACUAUUCUUUGGAGCACAUCACAGGAUAAUGUAAAAAAUAGAACAGAAGAUCAUUUCCAGCAGUGUUCCUCUCCUAAGGUCAGGGUUAACUUCAUGUGCCAACUAUAACAUCAUGAAGAGCUAAUGGAGAGUGGCUGUGACCAAAGAUAGAUGUUCUGACAACUUGGGUCUUCUGGCUUCCAUUGCACUUCUAAGUUCUCUCUCACUUGUGUAGACACUACGGACAUAGCUAGGAUGGCCUCAAACUCAGGGCUACCACCAUACUAUGAAAAUCACGGCUAUGAGCCAGAAAGGUCCUAUAAUUCUAGGCACGUUAUAGACACUAGCGGCUAUCCACAGUACAUUCCUACAAGCCAUCCUGCAUCAGUGCCACAUUAUGUUCCAAGUGUUCCUCCUCAACAUCCAGCUACAGUGGUAGUACAGCCAAAGCCUUCGUCUGAGAAACUGUGCACAUCAGGUGUUAAGAAAACCUUAUGCAUUGUCUUAGCUGUUGCAGUAAUCCUCACAGGUGCAGUAGUUGCAGCACUCCUUAUCUGGUAUUUUGUGCAGGAUCCGUGUUUUGAUUCUUCAAUAGAAUGUGGGUCUUCAGGAGAAUGUGUGCCAUUAUCCCAGUGGUGUGACGGACGCUUUGACUGUCCUAAUGGUGAAGAUGAAAACCGAUGUGUUAGGCUUUAUGGACCCAAUUUUAUUCUGGAGGUCUACUCAUCAGAGAACAAAUCCUGGUAUCCUGUAUGUGCAGAUGACUGGAAUGAUGAUUAUGGAAAGACAGCAUGUAAAGACAUGGGGUAUAAUGUAAAUACUUAUUACUCUAGUGGGAGAAUAGCAAUUGAGAAAGGAGCUAAAAGCUUUCUGAGACUGAACACAAGUGCUGGGAAUAUAGACUUGUACAAGAAAUUGUAUAACAGUGAUUCCUGUGCAUUGGGAACAGUGGUUUCUCUGCGCUGCAUAAUGUGUGGUUAUUCCAGUAACAACCUGAUGCCUAAAGGCAGAAUUGUGGGUGGAAGUGCCGCAUCACUUGGGCAGUGGCCAUGGCAGGUCAGCCUUCAUAUCCAGAACACUCAUGUAUGUGGAGGCUCCCUCAUCACCCCCGAAUGGGUAGUGACAGCAGCACACUGUGUGGAAGGACAGCUUGCAGAUCCAUCUUACUGGAAAGUUUUUGCUGGGAUUCUAACACAGGAUGAAAUGCGUCUGAGAAGCGGACACAGAGUACAGAAAAUAAUUCCACAUCCAAAUUACAAUACAGAGACUAAAGACAAUGAUGUUGCCCUUAUGAAGUUACAGACAUCAGUGAGUUUUACAAAUUUUGUAGCACCAAUUUGUCUGCCAAACCCUGGAAUGAUGUUCCAGCCUAAUCAGUCAUGCUGGAUAUCUGGAUGGGGAGCCCUACAACAAGGAGGUAAAACCUCAAAUUUUUUGAAUGCUGUGAUGGUGCCUUUGAUAGAGCCUUCCAGGUGUAAUGCUGGGUUAGUCUAUAAUGGCCUCAUUUUGCCUACUAUGAUAUGCGCUGGAUAUCUAGAAGGACUAAUUGAUUCCUGUCAGGGUGACAGUGGAGGCCCUUUAGUAACAGCGAAGGACUCUGUGUGGUGGCUAGUUGGUGACACAAGCUGGGGAACUGGCUGUGCCACUCGCAAUAGACCUGGAGUUUAUGGAAAUAUGACCAUGUUUACGGCUUGGAUUUACAGAAACAUGCAGGCAAACAGAUGAUGGUAUCUGCCAUUCUUGCUGAACCGUGCUUUCAGGAACAAUCCUAAGUGACGUUUGGUUACCUUGGAUGUCUAACUACUGUAUUUACUUUUUGCAAGUGAUUUUUUUUUUUCCCCCCCCCCCCCCCCCUUCCCCUGCACUCCUUCUCUAGUCUUUUUUUUACUUUGAAAGUAAUGCAAAAGUUUGCACCCUCAGUUCUGUGCUGGUUACAGUGACUGACUGGUUUAGUCUGUGAAGUAAAAUUCUCGCAACAAGCACUGUCUUCCUUUGACACGGGAGCCGAUAAAAUGUUGCUCUGGCAGUUGCUCCCUGAAAUGUCCCACGUUUUCUGGCAUCUGGGCUAGAAAAUCAUUCAUUUUUAUAAUCAUAAGUGUAAUCACCUUGUAACUUCACUCUUUUAUUUAAAAAAAAAAAAAAGUUGGAAUUUAAAGCAAGUGUCAAGCCACCUGGCUUAUGUUUAAUAUAAAUAUGAUGUGAAUGUGAAUCUUUGGGCUGCUGGCUGGCUAGAGAUUUGAAAUGAUGAGUGCCCCUUGUAGGGUAUAAGGGAAACUGUUUCACACACUGGAGAGUAGAGGCACAGAAAAUGUCUUGGUACUGUGCUCAGGUAGCUGAAAAUCCUCAGGACUUUGGGUGAUGCACUCAGCUGGGCUGAUCUUGCUUUGGAUCAGCCUUGCUCAGUAAUGUGUGUCCCUGUCCUUCACUCCUGCCUAAUGUUAUGUUACUCCUGUUGUGGUUUUUGCUUGACACACAAGAGAAAUAUUUGAAGUAGCCUUUAAAAGCCAGGCUGCCUACAUAAGCUGCUGGGAACAGUUCUUCUGACUUGUAGCAAGGACAGUGUACUGAGCAGCAUAUUCAGGUUUAUGUACUGGAAGCCACUAACAGAUUGACCCUUGAGAACUCUGUCCUUUUGAGAGGGGCAAAGAACAAAGCUUUGCUUUGAGGCUGUAUCGCAUGCAGUGCAUCACAAGGAUAACAAAUGUAGAUGCAGAAAGCUGGUAAAAUGUGGAAGUCAGAUAUGAGAAAAUGCUGUUCCAAAGUUUACACGUGACUACCUCAGUGUUUAAAUAAUCUGGCUUUUAUUUUCUUAUACAGACAUGUAAAGAACUUUCUGUAUAUUUUAUGUAUAUUUUAACAGGAGACCAAUAACCUAAUGGUAUUUUUAAAUAUAUAUAUAUUACAGGAGUAGGAAAUGCUGUAGCUAUAAAUGUGACAUGGCUACAGUCAUCAGAAGUACUGAAAUUCAGUAUGCUGCUUCAAUCUGCUCUCUACUUCUAGUGGAAAAAAAUGAGCCUGCUUGCUCCUGUUGAACUGUACCUUUUAACUGCCCACAUUUUAGAGAGAAUCUGUUGACUCAGAGUGCCACCUGAUGAGGCAAUCUUUUUAAAAUCCUAUAACUUAUCAGAAGGAAAAGCCAUAAUUAAUUAUUUUCUCUAGGAAUGAAAUUGAAGUGGAAUGACUUUUUUUACAAUGACAAGUAAUCUUGGUACAAAUUUAUUUUGCACAUAAGUAAUUUAACUAAUAAAUGAUGAUUUACAAAUUUUA